AUGGCCUCCCCCGUGUUGGUUAACCAACUGAGUUUUCUAGCAUUUAGUGUUUUCUUUAAGUUUACCUCUUUUGUUGGUUUAUUUGUGAUAUCAUGUACUUGAACAGAUAAUAUGGAUUCUGCAGGUAGCGUUGAGGAGCAAUCUAUUCAUCAGUUUGGAUUUGAGAAAGGCAUUUCCGUCAAGCAUCUUUUUCGCUUUUUCACAAAUAAUGUGUACCUUGGUCAAUGGGAGUUGGCAAGAGCGUGUAUUCAGGAACUCCACGCACACGCUUGUGUUUUGGGGAAAGAUAUACAUGAAUUUGUUGCACAAGUUGCGGAGCGCCCAUACAAUUUAAGCUUAAGAUCAGAAUCAGUGAAUUCUCCACAACAUCUAUCAUGGCUGUGCCUAACAGAAUUGGAAUCCAAAAGAACAGGAAGUGGGGAUGGUUUUGUUCACCUUAAAGAAGACUUGGAAUUUCAGCUCCUCUUACUACAGGCUGGGGGAGGGGUGUCAAAAGACAUACUGAGGGAGCUGUAUUCCUAUCAAAGGGAACAGAGACAGUCACGGGCAGCCCAACCUGUGCUGCCAUUUGGCAGUGAUAGUCUCAAUUAUAUCAAAGAUGUCCUUUACUCUGAACCAGCUUUGGGCAGUGCAAUGAUAUGCCAUCUGACAUUCAAACACAAACGAUAUGACUGGAACAAUGAGCAACUUCAAAGAGUAUACAUAAAAUGUAUGGAAGACAUUCUGAAUAAUUUGCAAGGAACAAAACAACAACCUGAGAACCUUAUGCUGGAAGAUAAACUGUACUCUUUGUUAGCCCUGUUUAACCCAAACACUGAUAUGAAAAGACUUGGAUUGAAUGACUUUCUGACCAAGCUAGUCUUGCAAGCUGAUGCCAAGGAUCUUCCACUCAAUAAAAAUGCCAUUUAUUCAUCCUUACUUGGACGGGAUGACCCUUUUCUCAUUGACACUUACUGUGAUAUUGAAAAUAAGGUUCUGUCAAAUAGCUUUACAGAGAAACAUUCCAAUGGCUGUGAAAGCGGAGGUGAACCUGAACAGAUUGAAGAUGAACACAGACAUAUCUUUGCAGUAGCAGUGUGCAAAGACCGAGAGCUAGCUUGGCAGCAGCUUUAUCUCAGAUGUUUAAAACAGGAGAAGCACUUCAUUGAUUUUGAAGUGGAAGCUGCUCUUCAGAUGAUUAAGACUGGCCAGUUCCACAAUCUCCAGCAGUUGUUUAUUGCUCCAGAAUUAAAGGUGCUGAAACCAAUGGUGCUUUUGAUGGGAUGGAAAUAUUGUCACAGUUGCACAAGUGCUAGGAACUUACUCACUGUGUUGUGGAAUGAAAAGGAAGAUGAGAUUCCUUCAGCUCUGCAGCAGGCCUGCAAGAGAUUGUCCUACCAAGUUGAUUUGGUACAGUGGUGCUUAGAGAAAGCCAGCCCAUUGAUGAAGGCUUCAGGAUCUACCUCAGCACUGAAGGAGAAUUUGACAGACAUGUUUCAGAGUCUGGAGACCCAUUCUGUGCUUUACAUGCUUCACCAUGCCACACAUCUUUCUCAGCUGGAGGAACAGGAGGUUCUGGAUAUUAUACAGAAAAGUCCUGUAUUAGAUUAUCAGGUAGGGAAAGAAGCACCUGUUGUGUUGAAGAAAGAAAAAUCAGUGAGAUUCAACCUUGAUGAUGAUGAUGGUGUUAAAGAGCAAGUGGAACCUCUCUCAUCAAGUAUGGAGCAUCUGCGUGACAUGGCUGUCUACCGUAGCUAUUGUGUCAUCAGGUGCUUUAUGGAUGCAAUAGCUGCUGGUGCCAACUUAAACUUGAAAGUUGACCAUGUGCCAAAGAGGAGACAAAUAUUAUCAAGUCUGUCCAGUGAAGAACAAAGUGUAGAAAUGGACAAUGAAAAUAAGGAUUCUAGUGAAAAUCGGUCUUCACAAAGACACAUACUGAGGUCACCGAGAUCUGUUGAUUCAAAAGUGCCAUGGGACAGAGACCCAAAGGCCCACUUGGAAACUAAUGAUUUACAGAAACACUAUGCAGAACAUGUGAUGAAAAAUCUGAACCAUGGUCGCCAACUUUUGGGCAGUAUCCAUCCUCUGACAUACAGAGUUGAGAUUAUAGAAAACUUGUUCUCUCUACUGUUUGUAACUCAUGAACAUAUUGCAGAGGUCUACUCAGAGAGUGGAGAGGAAUUACCAGAGUUGGGCAGUCCUAACACAACUGUAGACUGGAGAGAUGUAUCUACAAUAUCAGAGGAACAUUCCUUCAGGGCUGACAUGGAAGCUUCCUGUGAGCAGACUGUGCUAUCAGACACUCCCGACCAAGCAGUAGAAGCAUUAGAACUUCAGUCUCAAAUCAAUUAUGCUGCUGGUUACGAUGUACCCUUUGAAGAUUCUUCAACUGCAAUAGUUUCACCAACCAAAGCAGAAGGACCACUUGAGAAAUCACGACUCCUUCAAUUGAAAAACAGACUCAUUAGCCAUGAUAAGAAUUUAGAUCACAAGAAACAGACACACACAUCCGGCAACACAAGUGCUUUCAGUACUUCAAGCUCAACCAGCAGUCCUAAACUAGGCUUUCUGAUGAAUGAAUACCUUGUUAGGGACAUUUUAUCUGUUUUGAAGGAUUGCAUGGUGGAUCUCAAAGCAGCCAAAUUCGCUGUUCAGGGUCAGCGUCUCAGGCAGUCUGGGAUAUCAGCGAUAGGCAGUCACAGGCAUCCUGGGGACUUGGAUAGUGCAGAAUCUUCCAUUAGCAAAGAGCUUGAGUUUGAAAUGUCCAAAUGGGUUCAGUCCAGUGUGAGAAAUGACACAUUACAGAAGCAUAUCUCCAGACUGGACCAAUAUAUCAGCGAGGCUCAGUGGAGAUAUCAGUUGGUGUCCAGUGCUACUAUACCUACAGUAGUGGGGCAGCUAGCCAGUGGGGUGACACAAGUGGAAGACACCGACAGCAGUGAGGAUUUGGAUGGAACAAGAGAUGCGGAUGAGGAGGAACACCAAAAAUCUAAGAAUAGGCGAAGCAGAAUAAAAAGAACUAAAAGAGAGUCUACUGCAUCAGGGAAAGAAAGUAGCAAGUCAGGCAUGGAUAGUGGAGACAUUUUAGAUGAUGGAAAUGCAAGUGGCACUGGACGUUCUCGUCGCAAUACUAAACGCAAGAAAAUGAAAUCUUUUGGAAAACUUAGCAUCUCUCAAAUGCGCAAAGAUAAGAGUAUUGUUACAAAAAUGUUGUCUUCCCAUGAUGCGCUGCUGGUGAUGUCACUGAGAAGAGGAAAUUACUCUCAAGCACAGCAAGUGAUAAAGGUAUACUGUGGCUGUUUUGAAAGUGACACUGGCUAUAAAACAGUUUUCUUUUUANCAACCAGCAGUCCUAAACUAGGCUUUCUGAUGAAUGAAUACCUUGUUAGGGACAUUUUAUCUGUUUUGAAGGAUUGCAUGGUGGAUCUCAAAGCAGCCAAAUUCGCUGUUCAGGGUCAGCGUCUCAGGCAGUCUGGGAUAUCAGCGAUAGGCAGUCACAGGCAUCCUGGGGACUUGGAUAGUGCAGAAUCUUCCAUUAGCAAAGAGCUUGAGUUUGAAAUGUCCAAAUGGGUUCAGUCCAGUGUGAGAAAUGACACAUUACAGAAGCAUAUCUCCAGACUGGACCAAUAUAUCAGCGAGGCUCAGUGGAGAUAUCAGUUGGUGUCCAGUGCUACUAUACCUACAGUAGUGGGGCAGCUAGCCAGUGGGGUGAUACAAGUGGAAGACACCGACAGCAGUGAAGAUUUGGAUGGAACAAGAGAUGCGGAUGAGGAGGAACACCAAAAAUCUAAGAAUAGGCGAAGCAGAAUAAAAAGAACUAAAAGAGAGUCUACUGCAUCAGGGAAAGAAAGUAGCAAGUCAGGCAUGGAUAGUGGAGACAUUUUAGAUGAUGGAAAUGCAAGUGGCACUGGACGUUCUCGUCGCAAUACUAAACGCAAGAAAAUGAAAUCUUUUGGAAAACUUAGCAUCUCUCAAAUGCGCAAAGAUAAGAGUAUUGUUACAAAAAUGUUGUCUUCCCAUGAUGCGCUGCUGGUGAUGUCACUGAGAAGAGGAAAUUACUCUCAAGCACAGCAAGUGAUAAAGCUUUUUAGUCUACAAGGUGAAGCCACUGCAUCAGAAGUUGUGUUUGCAGAGCAGUAUGAGGGAGCACUGACUAAGUUACAGAGUUUUCAGUCUCAUGUUAGUGAGGCUUUCACCAAACCUAGUGCCAGCAGCAGACAGGGCCUAGGGGCUGUAAGGAAAGCAGCGGAGGCAGGUGUAGCUAAAAUGACCAUAUCCGGCAUUGUAGAUCAACUUCUGUUGUCACAAAACCUGCCUCAGUUCAACCAGGACUUAUUGGAAGCCGUGAAGUCUCAAGGAGCAUCCAGUAUGUUUUCGAGUCACAUCAAGGCUGAGGAUAUUCCAUGUAUGAUAAUGCUGGAUUUAGCAUGCUGUGGCUGCAAGUCAUGGGAGACGUGUAGUAGUAUGCUGACCAUGGCAAAUAAAAGACUGAAUGGAGAAGGGAACACCAGACAUGUUCAUCUUGGUGACUCUCCUAAAGAUGCUGUCAAAUCUUCGAAGCAUGAAGUGCAGUUGAAGGGCAUGAUGGGUUUCUUGGACCAGUUAACCAAGCUUCACACCCAAGGCACAACAGAAGGAAUGGUUGCUCAGGGGAAGGUAGAGGGCAGCACUAUGUAUGUCAAACAGAGCGCUAAUCAGUGUCUGACAUCUGCAGCCCUGCCUCUGGACCUGACAUCAUUUCAGCUCUACUUUGCUGCAGUCAUGGAUUUAGAUAAGGGAGUGGAAGGUGUGGAAAAGGCAUUGGAAAAUGCUGCAAGAUUGGAAAGAAAAGCAGCAUUUAGUGGAAAAAAGAAAGUGAAACUGAAACCUGUCACUCAUAGCAGCAUGAAGCUGUUAAUGACACACCAUAAGCAACUGGUUCCUGUAGCUGGACUACAGGCUUACUUUCUCAGGGAUCAAAAUAUGAGCAGUAAUACAAACUACCUAUUUACUCUGUACAACCAUGUUAAGCAGUUGGCCUUUUUAGUAGCAGAGUGUGAAAGCAUAGAAACAGUGGAUCCAAGGGGCAAUUACUUCAAAAUGUUACAAGAGGGGCCAACUCAAAUUCUUGGAAAGCUCAUGUUUGGGAAGAAAAUGCCACCCACUAGACUUGAAGUAGUUGCCAAGAAGAUGAAACUAAAUCUGACUCGUGUAAUAGUGAAAAACUGCUGUCCUGACAUUCCCUGCAGGUAUCCUGUUGCCGGUGUCAUGCAAGGCCAAGUGCUGAAGGAUGGGAAGCUGAUUUUGAAUGCUUCUGAUGUCUGUCCAGCGGAAGUCAGACACCCAGAGAUUGUGGUCAGAGAACUACUCACCAGGAUGAUCAAAAUAAUGAAAGAGCAAGCCACCCAAGCUACAGGAAGUCACAUCUUCAAUGUAGCAGCUGCAAAAUCAGUCGUCAGAACCACCGAGUACAGGGAAAUUGUGAAAGGGACCAAAGAACUCAAAUGGGUGGACCUUACCCUGUUAGAUGAGAAGAAUGAGAGAAGGUGCUUCUUUGUGAAUCUGCUCAAUCUGAUGUACAUUUUAGUGUACUUGUAUGAAGUGGAGAAGCAGAUAAGAGAGGAGGCUAUGGGAAGACCUAGAGGGGCUUCAUUCAGCAGUUCUCAAGAUUGUCGUAGUAGCUCAGACAUAGUCAUCAUACCUACCACAGCUUUUGAUCAGCUUGCCUUUCAGUGUAAAAUGUCCUUUUAUGUUGGACAGCUGGGACCUGUGAGUCUGUUUGAUGUACAUUAUGUCAUUUGCCACCAAGGCCUUAAUCCACCAUUCAAAAUGGAUGGAUUGAUAGCUGAUAGGGUGCAAGCACUGGACCAUAGUGACCCCUGGUACAAGUACUCCCCACCUCCAGAUCCUAGGCUCAUAUUUGUUAUCAGUGAGGGUUGCCAGUCCUCUCCUCCACUUCAGGUACUAACACCAGACCUUGUCAGCAACCAGCUUAAAGCUGCAAUGACAGAUUACUUCAUACACAAUAUAGAAGCAAAAAAGGAGGAAAAAAUGGUGAUAAUCCCACAGUUGUUAGUGUGGUAUAGGCAGAACUUUGCAAGUGAUGGAUCAAAUUCCACCAUAGCAGUGUAUGAAGGAUUGCUACAAUUCAUUGCAAAUUUUGCUACUGGAGGCCUUUAUGAAAAACUGAGGGCUCUGCUUGAAUUAGGAGAUGAUGGAACAUCCAAAAAAGAACAUGAUGGAAUUGCCACAAAGAAGGAACUGCCUUUCAAAGUAAUAGAGGGUGCCUUUGACUACACAUUUUGCUACACUUUUGAAUUCUCUGAGAAUUCCUCAAAACAAUUUGACCUAUCAAGCUCAUCCAAACAUCGGAGACGUUCCUCUCUUCCUCCAGAAUUAGAGAACUCCUCUGGAAGUAUGACAAGCUCUUCCCAAGGACUUCUUAACCAAGAUGGGUUUGAUAAAGCCACUUUCAGGUUAACACCGGUAACUUUAGAGUACUUGAAAAGUAGUUCCAGCCUUGUUGCAACAUUAGUCAGCUUGGUUUGUGCAGAUGAGAUGGAUGACAUAGAACAACACAUCAAGGAGGAUUUCUUUGGUUCUGCUAAUAGUAAUAGCACUGAUAGUGGACUGAGCAUGGUGGACAUCAAAAGCUACCGUUACCAAAAACUCACCACAGAGUUCUCAGUUUUGCACAGACAUAUUCUAGGGCACAUUGAACCUAUCAUCGCUGCCAGAAAUCCAGAGAUUCGCCAUGGUGGUGAUCCACUGUUGAAGUUUUCUAGUGACAGCUACAAUUCUUCCAUCAAAACAUGUAUUCUGGCUCUGCAAGAGGGUCAGCAAUUCAAAUGGCUUCUCACAAAUGUCCUCAGUGAGGUUCUGAAUGAAAAGAAUUGGGAUGUGAUCUUGGAAGUUUUGGAUUGUAUCCCUGUAGAGCAUCUACACAAACAGCCAGAUCUGAUGAAUUUCAAAGAUUACGUCUUGUGUUGUGCAGCUAAGGAGCAGGCAGAGCCACCUCCAAGUCCAAGCAUGGUCAGCAUUGGCAGUGCUACAAACAUCAGUCUUGGCAAUGGUAGCACCAGGGGUGCGGCCUGUGAAAAAUGGCAUUACCUACUACAAAUCAACAGACCUGAUACACAAGCCAGGGAAGUGAUGUGUACACUGAAGAAGUGGAAUGUGAACGAUUGUGUCACAUUGCUAGAACACUGUGUGGCCAGAGAGAUAGAAAAUGUGGAGUUGCUCAAAGCUGUGAGGAAUAAACUUCAAGAGCUCAGAGUAUAUCAAAGGAUCACAGAACAUGCAAAGAACAAGCAGAUAAAAUCUUCUAUGAGAACUAGAGUAGAAUCCUUCAGUGGAAUGCUGGAGUUGGAUUUCGAUAAACUGGAAGAGCUGGGAAGUUGGACAGUUGUUGCUACCUUAUCCGAUUCAGAGCCUGAACCUAUAUUCAGGUUGUUGAUAUCAUCCCAAGACUUUGAGACAGCAAGAGCUUGGUCUAACAUGCAUAAUGUUGGAGAAACGAUGAAAAAGGAAAUUGAAGAAAGUCACAUAUCAUUCCUACUGGACCAAGACAAUGCAAACAUGCCCAACGUUCUUCAGGCCUUGGAGGACUUGAAACAGAAGAGCGUUAAGUUUUGCUAUGGCAUCUGUCAGAAUUUGCUGGAGAAACUGCUCCAGCAGCAGCACAAGUUAUUUCUGGCCCAGUUUUUGCUGAGUCACCUAGGAGCAGAGCUAGGACAAAGGAAGAAAGAUGAAAUGCUGGUGUUAUGUAUGGGUUCAAAGGCACUGCUGUGUUUACCAGACCAUGUCAGGGCAGAAUAUGACCACCUGGCUCUCUGUCCAAAGCUACUUCUGGAACAAUUACUCAUGAAUAUGAAGGUGGACUGGGCUAGUAAGGCAUAUGAAAGCAUGCAGGCAGACUACAACCAUCUCUCUGACAAAAGCCUUGGCUGCAGUUUGAAGGAAUUUGAUGGGCUGAUAGCAGAAUAUGCCAACAAGGCUUUGGAGUUCCCAGUGGUUCAGAUAGAGGAUGAGAGGAGCAGGAGUGACUCUGCCACAUCUGUAUCCACAGUGAACCCCACUGAUUCCCCAAGUCUCCUUCAUAAUACAUCAUUCUCAGAUUUGACAUUUAGAAGAUACCCAAGAACAGCCAGUUUAGCAUCACUAGUGUCCAGGUCCCCCACUGAUAUCCUUUCAUCUGGAGUGUCCGCAGGCAGUAGCUAUGGUGUGAAAGAGGGUACAGACUUAAUCUCCUCGUACUACAGUCCCAGUGGACAGUUCCUCUUGCCUGCUGAACCUCCAACUAAAGACAAAUGGGUAGCGGACAUGGCAGUCAGUAUCUGUAUGGUGUGCAAGAUCGAGAGAUUCAGUAUGUUUGUGCGACGUCAUCACUGCAGACGUUGUGGCAGAGUAGUGUGCUAUGCCUGCUCUGCAAGGACUACCAAUAUCAAUGGCACCAAGGCCAGGACUUGUGAUGACUGCUUUGAGGCAGUAAUGGGUCAUAGGGAGGGUUUGGAAAAAGAAAUGUUGCAGCAGAGACUGCGGGACAGGUUGUCAGGGUCAGCUGGUCGUAUGUCUGCAAGCCCAGCCCGCAUAUCUGUGCUGUCCAGAACGCCAGAAAAUAUCAUCGAGGAGGACAAUGAAGAUGAUGAAGCUGAUAUAAAUAAAACUGUCACUGAUCAGCAGCAGCAGUCCGAGUUCUUCUGGCAGCUAACACAAGACCAAACUCACAACAAAAACUUAAGAGAAGAUUUUUACUAUGAACAUGCCCCGAGUCUUCCAUUGUGCCUAUCCAUCCUGGCACUGCACAGUGAUGCAAAAGAAUGUGGACAGUUGUUGCUUAAUUUGUGCGACAAUGUUUCAAAAUUACUUGCUGUAAAGAAUCAUGCUGAAGUGGAUUAUGGCCUUGUCAUUAGCAUGAUGAAGUACCUUCUGUUCAACGCCAAGAUGAAGUUCUUAUCAUGUGGGAACAGUAAUGGUAUAGCUCAGUGUGAGAUGUACAGUGGAAGAGUGGAGAUGCUGAACCUUCUGGUUGCAUCACACUGUAAACACAUUCCAAGUCUUCAGAAGCUUACACAGUUAGAAACAGUAAGGAGACUGAGAGAUAAACUAAUUGAGGAUGAGCGACUCUCGCUAGCCAUGGAAAUUUCAACCAAAUGUGGACUUGAUCCUGCAGGUGUUUGGGCUGCUUGGGGAAAAGCUUGCCUAAAAACUGGAGACUUCCAGGCAGCAAGAGAAAAAUUUUCUAGGUGUAUGAAGGCACCAGUGGACAAAAAUCAGUAUCAACAGUCUUCCAAUUUGUUGAAUGAUAUUGUAGAAUGCAUAGAAAAUUUACCAGGCUCUGGAAUCAACACAAUCCAGGCACUACAGGCAUCUCUGAAGUCAAUCAGCAGUCUCAUAGCUGAGCCGUUUGUGGUACAGAACGAAGAGACCAACAUCAGUGAACAACAGUUGCAAGAAUGUUUGUACUACCUGAAAGCAUAUGGUACAUAUGGCAGCGUCAUUAGCUUCUAUAGAAAACAUGGGUAUUGGAUGAAGGCUGUGCAAUAUCUUUUAGACAAGAGAUGCUCACCAGAUGUGUUUGUUGAAUGUCUUCUUGUCCCCACUCUGAAGACUGGAGAAAUGGCCAAGCUCCAAGAUCAGCUAAUCUUAAUAGACACCACCCUAGAGAAAUGGGCACCCUACCUCAAAGCAGCAUGUAGAUACCUAAACAAGAAAAAAUACAUGCAAGUGUUGUACCAGUUGCAGUUGUUCAUGAAGGAUUAUGUUAGAGCUGCCAUGACUUGCAUCUCAUAUUCUUUCCAACAUGGUGCUGUAUCAUAUGGGGAUUUGUACAACCGUCUCUCCUAUAUACAAGAUGCCAAACAACACUUGGAAGACUACCUGGAACAGAAGCUAUGGUUGGUAGGACUGAAGGGUCCUGCUGGAAGAAGGGUACCAGACUGGGGUGGUAGUGGUGGAGACACUUUGAGACUGCUGCAGCCUCCUAAAGAAGUGAAUAGGUACAUUAACACAAUCAGCCUUCAGGUGGAAGUCACUAAAUUCUUACACCAGUAUUACAAUGCCGGGGCGGCAGCAGGAGAACUCAUGUUCCCACCAGGAAAAAUACCCACUUUAUUUGGAAACAACAAUGUCAAAGUGGAUGUAGUCAACAUGGUUAUGGUAGCAGGAAAAAAUAUUAAUGAUGGAUUUGGUAUUGCAUUUAGGAUAAUACAGGAAUUCCAGUUGAAUGCAACCUUGGUGUACACCACAGUAGCCCGGCAGCUGUCUAAACAGAAGAAAUUCAUCUCUGUAAAGCAAUUACUGGGCUGCAUCCAGGAGUCUGGACUAUGUGAUGACCAGAGUUAUGAUGAAGUCAUAGGAGCAUGUAUUAGAGUCAUGGCAGACGAUGCCACUGAGGCAAAAGAAGCAGAAAGUCUGAUCAAGCUUAUAAAGAGCCAGGCUAACAAAAUUAAUGCCUACAUAUUGUGUGGCAAGCUGAAGUCGGCCUAUUUGAUUGCUGUAAAAGAGGAGCGGGUUGAGGAUGUACAAAGAAUAUCUGGUGCUGCACUGAGGGCAGGCCAACCUGCUGUGAAAAAUAUAUGUGACAAAUGGUUGCAACAAAGACUGAAACCAAAGAAAUAAAAUAAAAAUGAUGUGUCACUACAAUAUUAAUCUUUGCCACAAGAAGUUUAUAAUUUACACUUAAUACCAAAUACCAUCCACAAAUGGCAUUUUGUAUGUUUGAAAAAUUGUUCAGUGACUGUAAUGUGAUUUGUCAAGUUGGGUCAUUAUUGUCAUAUUGAUAAAAUGUGACUUGGUCAUCCACACAUGCUCAGAAGUUAUUUGUUAACACUAAACAAAAAUGUAAUGUAAAAUGUAGAUUGCAUAUAAGAUGAUGUUUCUAAAGAUUGAUGUUUUCAAGAAAUAAUUUCUUUAAUCUUGUGUUAUUGAAUAUUUCUGUUUGGAAAGAUUUCUGUUGUCUUUCACUGAAGUGACACCAUACCUGUCCACUGAUGCCGUAGUUAACAUCAUUUGUAUUUGUAUACUUCUAAAAUCUGAAUGCCCAGAUAAUCCACAUUGCACUUAUAGGUGAAAAAAGCAAUGUUUUAUUUUAUAAAUACAAGAGUAAAAAUGUCUAUAUUGAUUGCUAUUUAUUGAAUUCAAAGGUUACAUUGGUAUGGGCAGUAGAAAGUUUAAAAUUGAUAGUAAUUGUUUGUUUAUUUAUUUAUUCUAUAUUGAUUUUAUCACUUCAAUUUUGAGCUGUGCAAUAUAUUUGCUACAUUGUUUUAUCAUUUUUUUUUUUUCAGUUUAUUUUUACAAUGGUUGGCAGGAUAAGAUUAGGUAUUCGUAGCAUAUCUUUGGCUCGGAACCUAAUUUAUCAUUACACUGUAAUAAUACUAAAAAUAUAUAUGUACUAGUAUACUAUUAUAUCAUCAAUUAAGAUAACCUUCCAUCAUCAGAUAAAUGUUAAAUUGUAGAUGCAUAUGGGAAAAUCAAGUAAAUUUUGAAACUUGGAAAAAGAACAGUAACGUAUACGAUUUUAGUUCAUUGCAUAAAUCUAAACUUAACUGUCACUUCACACAGAGAUGUACAUGUAGGCAUAGAAGUAGAGACUACAGUACUUCUAUGAUGAAGGUAACAACCAAAUUUAUUUUAUGAAUAAAUUUAAGUAUAUUUAA